AUGUGUGUUAGUGUCAAAUUACAGUUUCAAAUCGCUCACGUAUCGUUUCCGUAUUCACACGCUUACGGACGCAGUGCUAAACAGCUUCAGUACCUCAGGAUUGGAGAUCUUUUGACACAAAGAGCCCAAACAGAGAGUAACAGAAUAGCGUUUGUCAGCGAAUACGAGAAUAUAAGCAAAACUUAUUCGCAAUUCGAAGAAGACGUCAACAAAUUGUCGAAAGGACUCUUGGAUUUAGGUCUGUCGCAGAGUGUCAAGUCUAUGAAUUCAUACAACAAACUAAGGGGAGAUGUGGUGGGCGUCUGGAGUUGCAAUUCAUAUCCCUGGGUAACUACAUUUUAA